GAUUAACUCAUGUUAGGUUAUCUUUUUCAGGCUUAUUGAUGUUUUAACUUUCAAUUUCAGUUUAACUUUCUCUUAUCUCUUUAGUUUAUCUAUUAUCUAUCCAAUUUUUAAAUUGUGUUGUUUCAACCCAUAAUGGGUAAUUGGAGUUCGUGCUGUCUUCCCGGUGAUAAAAACUCAGAUGAUGGUGAGAGUGAAAGAGCUCGCAUCCUAAAUGACCCAACUGCUGGUGAGGAUUGUUGUUACCCGAAUGAUGGUGUUGCCAUUAAUUCAAAAGAAGCUACUAAUUAUGGUACAAUUAACAACGGAGGAAACAAAAGUAAUGAACAAAUUGCUGCCUGGCAUCGGAUUUUAAACAAGAUGCAGGCAAACGUGAUUGAUGUAUGCAACGUUGAUGUACCUCCUGUGCAACAAAAUGAAUAUGCGGAAAGGACUCGUCUCUAUCAAAACAGAAUAAACCAAUUAAGACAACCAUUGUUCCUCAAAUAUCGUCUUCCAAAUAAAUCAUCCUCUAUAAAUGGACCAGGAUCUGGUUAUAAGCGCUUAACGGACAUUGCCUCAAGUCAACGGGAUAGCUCAUAUUUUAAAAGCAUCUCUGAGCAGGACCUUUCAUUAAUGAAUGAGAUUUCCGAUAGAACAUUAAUCGCUGUUAAGAAAGGCUAUAUUGUUAACAUAGAGGAAGAUCUUGUGGUGCAGUUUAACCCAUAAUCCGAUGGAUGUAAAUUUGUGACCAUUUUUCUUUAAUAUGUUUCUAAAUGGACUAAAGCCAAUGUUGUUAAUCAAUCAAUCUCAUCUUAUUCAUCAUCACAGUUAAUCAUCAUUGCAACUUAUUCUCAUUUUCAUAUUAAAAUUUAUUUUGUCUGGAAAAUUAACCACGAGCUGACUCGGAAACAAUUUGCAUUUAUCAAGUUUAUUGUGUAAUUAUAUUUCUGAUUAUAUUGAAACAAUCAAUCGUUGUAAAAUAGUUAAAAUAAAAUGUCUACUAAUCCUAACA